AUGCCCAUCUGCUCGCAUCCCUCCCACUCGUCUCUCUCCUCUCGUUCCCCCCCUGCUAGCACUCCGGUCAGGUCUAUGGGCCGUGAUUGUCGCCAAUCCGAGAAGAGAACGACUACGAGGCUGCUAAGCAAAAGCACGCCAAAGAAGAGCGUCUUGCAGCUCUACGCGAGGAAUGAAAGCGUCGCAAGCAGCAAGCUGAGCAGGCCGCCGAGUAUCGCGCUGUCAGACAUGAUGGUGGUGCCCACGGCACGACUGGCAACAGUAGAGCAGUCCAUGCUCAUCAACACUGCGUUCACUGCCACGAGGGUUGAGACCAUGGCUGGCAAUAGCCGCCAGUCCAUGGCCCCUCCGCUACUAGUUCCUCAUGCUGCCACAUCUGUGGUUCCGCCGCCUGCACGCCAAGACUCUCCUGCGCCGUGGGGAAGGUCAGACGUGGACGAGGCCAUCAACACAAACCUCAGCCACCACCCGGACGAUAACGACGGUGAUGACCCCAACAGGGAUGGCAACCCAACCGACAUGGAUACAGACACACUGGACACCAACACCAACACCAACACCAACACUGACAUGGACAUGGACACCGACGAGGACGAUGGCGGCCCCGACAGCGACACAGAGGCACCCGCCCCGAGUCGCCGAACUGGUGAUCGUGUCAGACCCAAGCUCGGCAACUACUCGGGGCCGCAGCGCCGAGUCAUUGUGACCACGCAGGAGUUUGUUUGUGCACUCGCGUUCACUACGAACGCAUUCCCCGACAACUUCCAGUUGGAGUCGUUGCCCGUGCACGCCUUGGCCCGCGUGAACAACGCCCUCAGCCAGUCCUUGGCCAUGACUCCGGAAAUUCACUGGCUGAUCUCCCAGAAUGUUGGCCACCUUCGCGGCGAAAUCAAGACAAAGGCCCGCCACAUCGUCGCGCUCGUAUUCAAAUUCGAGUCUAGUCCCGGACCCGAGGGAAGGGAGAGAAAUCGCGAGCUGGCUUCGCAGCUCAAGGAAGAGACGUCCUGGAUCUAUCGCGACUGGGUCUCGCGCAGAUUUAUUUAUUCCUCCCCCGCUAUUCAGAUGCUCAUCAAUGAGGUUUUCUUCCAAGGCCGUAACGACGACAGCAUUCAGCGCGCAGAUUUCUACAAGCCGUUUCCCAAGGUUGCAUUAGCUCUUAUUAUGGCAGCGAUUGACUGUGCAAUCGACGAGUGGCACACCGGCAAGAGGACCACCGUCCACUUCACGGAACCCGCUUACUGCCCCAUUUACGAGACUUUCCUCAACGACCUCAAUCGUUUCGAGCAGGAGGGCAUGCAGUAUAAUAUUAUGGAGAAGCUCCAAUGCCGAAUUUACCGGGAUGGACUGGAGUAUUCUGGCGUCGAGCAGCAGGCUGUUGCCGCUGUCUCCAUGACUAACACAGCGAUCUCUUGCGGCGUCGUUGAGCUGAACGAUGAUUUUGAUUGA